AAAUUCUCAAAGAAAAAGGACAGAAAAACAAACGAAAAAGAGAGAGAGAUGGAGGCAUCAAAGACGAUUCAGCACGAAAUCGGGGGAGUCCAGAACGACGCUCUUCGGUUCGGUCUUCACGGCGUUAAGAGCGACCUCGUCGGAUCUCACCCUCUCCAAUUUGCUUACGAAUCUGCGAAUAUAACGCAGGAGGGGAUGAAGAGGAAAGUCCUGGUCAAUACUUAUGGAACAGCAUUUCCACUUAAGAUGGAUCUCGAUAGGCAAAUUCUCUCGCGGUUCCAGAGGCCAUUGCUCCCAUCUUCAAUGCUAGGGCUGGAAGCAAUGACAGGAACUUUAGAUGAAUUUGGCUUCGAGGAUUAUCUGAAUGAUCCUCGAGAAUCGGAGACUGUACGGCCACUGGACUUGCACCAUAGCAUGGAAGUCCGUCUCGGUCUCUCCAAGGGACCCGUCUGCCCUAUUUUUAUGUGAACUUAAAUGUAAUCACAUGCUGAACUUCUGCUUGUCUUUUUUUUUUUUAAUGAACGUAACCGUUCUGCCCCUUGUAAACUGCUUUUUAUUGUGUUUGGUUCGAAUUUAUAAACUAGACUUUUAUUUUAAAAAAUAUUAGAAAUAUAAAAUAUUAUCAAAUUAUUUUAAUAA